ACGCAGCUGUAAGUGGGACAAAUGAAGUUCAUUUUCCACAGCUGAUGAUGGCGGAUGUUGUUGAAAAAGAGACCAUGAAGAAUUACCACAUAGCGUCCGAGAAAAUUAACCCAGAGGCCAGUCGCUAUCCUUACUGUAUUGUCUGGACACCUAUCCCCGUGCUAUCAUGGCUGCUUCCAUUCAUCGGUCACAUGGGAAUUUGCACUUCCACUGGAGUCAUCCGGGACUUUGCUGGACCUUACUUUGUCUCAGAGGACAACAUGGCUUUUGGAAGACCAACAAAAUACUGGAUGCUUGAUGUUAGCAAAGUCUACGCUAGUGGUUCCAAUGCAUGGGACACAGCAGUACACGAUGCUUCAGAGGAGUAUAAACACAGAAUGCACAACCUCUGCUGUGACAACUGUCACUCACAUGUUGCCAUGGCUCUGAAUCUGAUGCGAUAUGAAAACAGUACCUCAUGGAACAUGGUCAACCUCUGCCUCCUCGCUCUGAUCCACGGAAAGCAUGUCAGCUGCGUGGGCUUUCUGAAGACCUGGCUGCCUUUCCUGAUGCUGAUGGGCAUCAUCCUUACAGUGGCCCUGGCCCUCAACCUCCGGUGACCUGGGAAGUAGGUUCACAGACACAGUGGAACCCCCGCAGGUCGGAUGUGGGGUUGACCUUUUAAACACCAAGGGGGGCGGGGGGGGGGGGGGCAUCACACGGUGUCGAGCGAAAGUAACCGAGGAGAUAAAAGACUACUCACCUCCAAGAGAAUGUUGAACAGGAAUGUCCAAGACAUGUAUACCACCACAGGCUUGGUUUGUGGAGAGCAGGCAGCCUCUUACUGGACAUUACUCCAGUGGUGAAGCUGGAAUUCCCCAGUGAUGGAAAUUCAUUUAUAUUCAGUUAGUUUGAGAGAAGUGACUGAACACCCCCACCCACCACCAACACAACUACCAGGACCACACAAAUACACUUAAAUGGAGUAUGAUUAUUGAAAGCCUGACAGCAAGUUUGAGCCACGGCCACCUGUGAAGUGUAGAAGAUCAGUAUCAGUAGUUUAAUAGAGGAAUGUACAUUGUUGAAUUCUCUGGAGGAAACACAUCCAUGCCUUGCUUUCAGAUUUUGAUUACUUUGUAAUGGAUUGGGAGUAUAAUCCCAUGAUUCAGUGCUUCCAGAAUGCCAUUUUUAUACCAGGGAGCACAAACAUGUUAAAUCAAUUAGAUGCCUUUCUAGGGAAUUUAUUGCAUUUCAUGCUUGAUCUAAUGUAGCUCUUCUACAGUACUGCAACUUAAAUAUGCCAGAGCAGUUUGUAUUUUUGUGCGUUUUCUUACUUGUAUUCAGACUAACUCCACAGGAUAUCAGAAAGUCUGCAUCUUGUAAAAAGAACUAUUUUCUCAGAGAUAUGUUCAACAUGCAUUACACGAAUCACCUCAUGGUACUUUUUCAAUAGGUUUACGAUAAAUGUUUUCAUACCUUUAACUAAGGAUCAUCAGUGCAAUAAUUGUAGCAACCUCAGUGAAUGUGGCUGUGGAAAAUACCUAGAGAAACCAACAGAAUAGUAAAUCUCCUUUUGGUUUUCUAUACUUGUGCCAAAUGUAGGAGACUAGGGAGACCAACUCAAACUGUGUCCUUGAAUAUGUAACUCGUUCUUUAGUUGAACAGCUCAUUGAUAACUCCAAAGUUAUUGAGAGAAAAGCCGUUGAUGUCAGAGUUCUGAAACCUGGUUUGAUGUUUUUGUUCAGCCUGAGACACGUUGUGUUUUUCAUCACUAAUUUUGACUUUAUGGGACUUUAUGUGCCUAAAAACAACCUCUCUCACAGAUUCCGCAUAUAUUAUAUUUUCAGUUGUUUUUGAUGCGUUUAAAAAAAAAAAAAAGUUAAUUCCACAUGAUGGUUGGCACUCGAAAUCCGUUGCCAUGGCUUUCGUGAGUAGAUUCAAAUCCCCUCAUUGUUUGCAAUCAAACAGGGGGGGGAAAAAGUGUUGAGCCCUCUCUUUGUCCACAGUGCUGCCAGAAGCAGCAGGUAGCCAGGAUCCUCAGGUUUUUCACGCUCACCAAACCCCUGCUGAAUAUCCCCAGUUUCCCCCCAGCGCCUGACCAGCGUCGCUCCUGCUGUUUUCCACCUCUGCAGAUCACAGUCGAAGGUCAUUGUGAAAUGUCAGCGCUGUUUCGCAAAGCUUUGAUAUACACCGGCCAACAUCCUGCAAUAAUCCAAAGCAGAAUGUCAUCUAAGUGUGAGCUCCUGAAUUAAAAUCUGUUUGAUUUCCCGUAGUAAGGGUUUAAUGCUUGGUAGGGCUAACACAGUGCCAGUUUUCUAGACUGUGCUGUCCUCAUUGAGCUUCUGUUGGAAGCAGAUAUUCACCCAUGUUGCCUGUAAAUAUUUGAACACACAUUAUACUAUACACCAGGUGCUCUUUCUGUACUUUGCAAACUUGAUCACUCACAACAGAUUUAUCCUUUGAAUAAUUUACGGUAUAUUUUUUGUUCUACUUCUGCAUAUCAUCUCUGAUGCUGAAUGCUUUCUGAAGCACAUUCGUGCCUGAGUGUGUGUGUGUGUGUGUGUGUGUGUGUGUGAGUGAGUGAGUGAGUGAGUGAGUGAGUGAAAGAGAGAGUGUGUGCAUGUGUGUGUCUUAUUCAUGCACACAUUUGGAGAGAGCAUGUGAUUGCAUGCCAGCAUGUGUGUAUUGCAUGCAUGCAAGGAUCAGAGCGUUUGAGGAGGUGGUUCAUGUUGGACUCAUACUGUGGCUUCUCGAUUAAUAAUCAGCUGCAUUUCAUUGCAGACAACUGCCUAGUGAUUGUUUGCUGUAUUUAUUACUCCAUGUCUUUCUCUUAAUCUCUUUCAAGUUUUAUGUGAUUGCUGGUAAACCUUAGCAAGAAUAAAUAAUACAUUAGACUGUAACAGGCCUGCUUAGGUUAAUGUUGAUUCCAUGCAAUAGCCUGUGCUGUGUGUAGCUCCACAUUCUAGGUAGAUGAGAGCUGCAGAGUCAUUUUCUCAAAGCAUUAAAACAUGGAAACAAAGAAGGAAAUGAAGAAUCUUGCCUCAAUUUGAAAUAUGGAAACUGUCUCUAUAAAAACACAUUGUUAAGGGAUAUUUGAAACCUCUUUACUGUGACACUUCAUGGCUGUUUUUUUCUCUUUUUUAAGCUUUUGUCACUAGUAACUAAUGUUAAGAGGUAACUAUCUUUUAUUGUAAAUAUGACUUUAUGCCCCAAAGCCUCAAAUAUUUUCAUUUUAAAUGAUUGGAAAAUGUCAUUUUUGGAUUUUUGGCAGCGAUGUUACUAUAAGUAGCAUAAGUAGAAAUCUGGAAAUAUCCUCAUUAUGUCCAAACUAUAGUGACAUUUUACAUCUGUCCAAAUGUAGUGAAUGUGGCUGUGGAAAAUACCUGUAGAAACAAACAGAAAAGUGAAAAUCUCUUUGGUUCUCUGUAAUUGAGCUAAAUGUCGGAAAAUGAGAGCCAAGCUGUGUCCUUGAAUAUGUUGCUUGUUCUUCAGUGAAACAGCUCAUUCACUUCAUUUUGAGCUAUGAAAGGUAAUGAAUGAAUAGGCUUUUGAGAUCAAACUCACAACAUUGUCAUCUUACUGCUCCUGACAUAUAAACAUAUAUGUAUAUUUUAGAGGGAGAGCUAGAAAUUGUGCAGAUAAAUAGUAUACCAGUCCUUUAUUGGAGCGCAUGUGCAAGAAUGCAAUAUUCAAUGGAGACCGUUUGAAUGGUUUUAGAUGUCGCCUGCUUCGGUGCCUUCUUGUAUCCAAGAGCCAGGUCCAGGAAUGUGGAGACCUGUGGUCCCAGCGAUUCAGGCCACUGACAAAAGACAGUUGGGAUGCUAUUAUUAGUGCCACCAUCCAUAUAUACUUAUACCAGUCUGCAGUUUCCAAACCCUCUUUUGUCUCUCUAAUCCCCUGAAAUAUCUUUUAUGCUGCAGAUCAUAUAGCCCAAUGGGAAUUUUAAGACUCCUGCAAGUGACUGUGUGAACUCUGAAUGUGUUUAUGACUUACAGCUAUAAUACCAAUAAAGAUGUCUAUUAUUGUAGAAA